UUUUCACCUUCCUCAUUCCCGAGACCAAAGGAAAAACCUUGGAAGAAUUAUCGAACGAAGAUCAAGAGGGAUUUGUCAAGGGUAUUGGCGCGGCCGGAGAGAAACGAGCGAAUCUCUUCGCUCAUCGAGCCGCCGAAAUCAAGACUUAA